CCAAAAGAGGGAACACCCUCUCCAAAGCACACACCUUCCGACCCAAUUACAAAACAAGGAGGCUGUCUUCCUGAGCCUAUAUGCUCACAUGAUACCUGAAACGGGGGAGCAGAGCCCGAGCGAGAUAGGGCUCAGUGCAGUCGAGGCUGUUUCUUUAAUUGGGAUCUAACGGACAGACAGUUACGGGGAAGAGGGAGUGGACGCGAAUCUGGAACUUGCGAAACAGUUUCUGCUUCUUCACGGCCAGUGUGAACUUUUCUCUGAAAACGACCACGAGAGUGGAACUCGCUAGCUCCAGGAAGUACAACCAUCCCUUUAACACAGUCUUUAAACCAGGGUCUCGAUGGCUUUCUUGACGAAGAGGAAGAGGUUUAAGUUUCUGGUGAGGCUGACGGUGGUGAACCUGUCCGCCGUGCCGUUCGUGAACGGGAUCCUCUUCUGCAAAAUCCGCCUCCUGCAAGGCGGAGGCUUUAGUGAACUGACCUCGAGGGAAGAAGUGCAGGAAAACUGUGUCCACUGGCAGAAGGAAUUUCGCUUCAUGUGCAAGACGAACGCCAGCCCUGUCACGGGGGUCCUGGAUCCGAGCAUCUGUCGAGUGUCUGUCCGCAAGGAGCUGAAAGGCGGGAAGUCGUUUAUGAAGCUGGGCUUCGUAGACCUGAACCUGGCCGAGUUUGCCGGUGCCGGCUCCACUGCUCGCUGCUGCCUCCUGGAGGGCUACGACACCAAGAACACGCGGCAGGACAACUCCAUCCUCAAGGUAUCCAUCAGUAUGCAGCUACUCUCUGGCGAUCCCUGCUUCAAGACUCCCCAGUCCACGGCCAAGCCCAUCGAGGUCCUGGGCUCUGGGAGCUCCUUGGCGCUGGAUUGUAAAGGUGAUGAUGGGACGGGGAAUUCUGACCUGGAGACGGAAAUCCUCCGGCUGGACAUGUGCAAGCAGAGGAGUGUCAGGUCCUCCAUGGGGACAGGAAGCCCCGAAGGCAGUGACCGCCCACCAGAGCAGGUGAUCUGGAAUCGGCAUUCACGAAAUUCCAGCGCCUCCAGUCAACUAUCUCGAUUCUCAGGUUACAGCUCAGAGGGCUCAGUUUACACCCUCCGCUUUGAGCCGGCCCACCGGCGGGAAGGAUCUAUCAGUAGCAACCUCUCCUCGGGGAUUGGCAGCAUGGCUGACCUGCCAAACACGGCGACAGGGAAGGAAAUGUCUCCGGAGACUGUGGCCCCGUUACGUGGGCUCCCCUUCCGCAUGGAGCGGCAGUUGAGGCGGAAAAAUGAGGGAUCGGAGAGCCGGCCGACGCAGGUGGACGACACGCGGGUGAACGCAGACGACAUUGUGGAGCAGAUUCUCCAGGGACAAGACUUCAGCCAGUCCAGUGGCUCUGAAGAUGGCGGACUACAGCUGUACGUGGGACGAGAUGGGACAGUCCGACUGGGCAACGUACAGACAGAUAACAGGUGGUGUGACUACAAGCCCGUGGUGAUCGAAACACACUGAGCCAAACACACCAAUGAUCUCGGAUCAACCUUCCUGUUUUCUGCUGCUCUUGUCAACCACAAUCUUGCCAGGACCUGUAAUUUCUGCUGCGGAGCUCGAUGGGCAUUUUACCUUAAAGGGCAGUGAACAAUAUCCAGCAGUAAAUGACGGGAAGGAGGAAGCAGCAGGAAACGGUGGAGAUUUUGGGGUUUGGGGUGUUGGUGUCGACCCUACCUCAGGUCACCUGCUGGAGAGUGAAGAUUUGGAAUCUGGAUGGUGCAUUUGUGAUAAACAUGAACAAUUACAAAAUCCAUGAACAGCACCCCAUGUUUCUGUGAGGAAUUAUCUCCACUGGAUCGGAAUUGUUAACUCUUCCUCUCUGGCCAAUGGUAAUGAGACUUGGUAAAGGGCACCCUAACUUCAUGGUCUAAUGUAAUGCUUGAGGAUUGGUUCUAAUGACCUGGGUUUUAGGGUGCAUAUGGGGAGCAGUCAGUGCUAAAUUUCAGAGUGGUUGCACUGUCAAGGUUCGUGAUGCAUAUUAAUAGCAACGAGCCCCCCCUCCACUUUCUAAUACCAACAUCUCUCCCUCCAUUACCCACUCCCCCAACCGGGUCACGAGUCUCAUCAGAACAGUGAGGAUGGCACCUCUGACCAAGACUUCCCCACCAUCUCGAGCUCUAUCCUUGUGUGACUCCCCACCCUGAUAGGAAGCAGACCAGCUUCAGUUCAUCUGAUUGUCUGAGACAGAGUUUUAAAGAGUCGGGUGUGUUCAAGCUAUUAAAUGAAGAAAGGGUUAUUAUUUUUAGAUGCUCAUGGUUUUUUAAAGAUUUGUGGAUUUCUUGAGAUUGGGGAUGGUUGUCUUGUUUUGCGAUUCCACCUUGCCCGAUUCCUAUUAGUGCUGAGGAGCAAGGGCGCCCUUAAGCCAACUGUCCUGUUAAAGCUGGGUGACUUUCAUGCCUCGUGAUUGAUGGGAAAGGGAUUUAAUAACCUAAAGACGAGUAGCCUAAACUUUGGAGUUUCCUGCUGGUUACGUACCAGACAAGGUGUCCCCUUUUCUCUCUUUUAUUCACCAUCCACCUGCCAUUUCCCAUUUCUGAUCAGUUUGUUUCAAGGAAGAUGGGAAUAAGUUCUUAAUUGCAGAAAUGUGCAAAUUUUUGGAUUCCUUGUGACUCCAGGAAAAUCCCCAAAAGUUCCAGGAUUAUUCUCGGAGGAUUAUCAACUUCUGCUGCUGUUUUCUGUUCUACAUUUAGUCCUGAUCCCAGUGGAUUGGUGAAGGAGAAUGGGAUCUUUCCAAUGAGAACGGAAUUGUCCUGAGCUCAUUCAUGACAGGGUAUGAAGAAAGGAAGAGGGGAGUUCGACUUGCCCCUUCUUAAGGGUGGUGACAGAGAGAGAGAAGAAAUAUUUGUGAGCAAACAUUUAACUAAUUUGGGAUGAGGAGGCAGGGGCUGUUCUACAUCUGUCCUCCUCCCUGGGUGCUUCCUGUCCAAGGCUGCAAGCCCCGUUGAUGCCACCUUGGGAAAAGAUGCGUCAGGUUUGGAUCUCCCUCCUUACUUGGACAGAAUUUAGGGAAAGAAGACAAUUGAAUGACAGUUUGUUCGCAGGGAAAAUUUGUAAAGAAGUGGCUGAUGGAAUACUACACCUCCCUUGUCUAAGCAUUUGAGAUUCACAAUUUAAAAAAAAAUCUGUAUGGAAACUUUAGGGAUAAUUACUUAGUGGGACUGGAGAUCCUGUGCUCCUCGGCAUAUUGUUGUUUGGAGUUUGGUUCUUGCCAAUGAUCAGUGAUCCAGAUAGUAUCCGUUAUCUGAAGUAUUUAUGAGUCAUUAACUUGUUGAAUACAUUUUUUAAAAAUAUAAAAGCCAACAAUCCAAUUGAAGGAGAGAAAUAAUUAUCUGUUUAUUCCCACCUCUUGGAGAUAAUAUGGGACUUUCCAUCCUUAGGGGCAGAGUCCUCUUAAACAAACACUGAGCAGCUAACUUUUUGUGUAAGGGUGGAAUAUGGAGGGGGAAAGGUGAGGUGGCCAGUGAUAUCAUUUGCCUGUUGAACUGUUGUGUUCUUGAUCUUUUGUUCUCCCCCUUGUUGUAUAAUCUCUUCCUUUUUAGGACCGUUGCUGAGGAUCUAGAAAUCACAGCCCCUUUACACCGACCUGGGUUUAUACUCUAAAGCCCUCCACGUGGGGCAGAGGGUUGUGGAGAUCCCAUGUUAAGAAUGUUUCUGUGAAAUACUUUUGGGAAUAUGCUGCUUACAGGAUUGACUCAUGUUUGUGUGUUUCUGGAGAAUGGACUUGAUUUUAUUUUUAGAAAUUGUAAUUUAUCAAUAAAAUAUCUUUUAUUUAAAGAAAGUCCUUGGGGGGGAGAAAAUAUAUAUUUUAACCAUGUUUAUCAUGUUAUUGACACUGGUUUAUUAGAUAAAGUGAAAAGCUUGUCUUGCAUACUGUUCAUACAGAUCAAAUCUUUACACAGUGCAUUGAGCUAAAAUAGGGUAAAACAGUGACAGAUACAGAAUAAAACAAAACAGCUACAGAGAGAGAGUCAGAGGUAAGCAAUAAGGUGUAAGAUCAUGAGGUAGUUUGUGAUGUCAUGAGUCUGUCUUAUUGCACUAGAGAAUUACUUAAUAUUCUUUAACAGUGGGAUAGCAGCAUCCAUCAUCAGGGACCUCCACUGCCUAAGAAUUGCUCUCUUCUCACUGCUGUCAUCAGGAUGAAAGUAUGGGAGCCUCAGGACUCUCACCAUCAGGUUUUGGAACAGUCACUACCCCUCAACCAACAGGCUGUUGAACCAAAGGGGAAAACUUCACUUGACCUCAUUGAAAUGCUCCCACAGCUUAUGGACUCACUUUCAAGGACUCUUCAACUUGUGUUCUUGAUAUUUAUUGCUUAUUUAUUAUUAUUUCUUUAUUUUAGUAUUUGCACCGUUUAAUAUAUUUUGCACACUGGUUGAACACCCAAGUUGGUGCAGUAUUUCAUUGAUUCUAUUAUGGUUAUUAUUCUGUUGUGGACUCAUUGAGUAUGCUCACGAGAAAAUGAAUCUCAGGGUGGCAUAUGUCCUUUCAUAAUACAUUUACUCUGAUUUUUGGACUGUGGAAUAGAAGCUGUUCUUGAGGCUGGUGAUGCACGUUUUCAGGCUUUGCAUCUUCUGCUCAAUGGGGUUUGCUGCUUGUGAGUGUGUGGGGGGCGUUUUGGGGUUCUAUCUUACAUACCACCGUAUCACUUACCAGCUAAGCUUGAAGUUUGGGGAUUUAUAUAUUUACACCUAUAUAUGCAGAACACCAUUGACUGUUGAUUUACCUGGUUUAAGUUACUAUAUGACAUAGUUACGAAUAAAAUAGUGUUUUGUUACCAGCAAAACCAGACUCCAGGUGUGUUCCAUUGCUGCUGAAGCUUUUUAGUGUUGCGUGCAUGUAAGUGGUCCCUUCCCCAGGGUUGCAUGCACCUAACAACUUUGGGACACUCUAGUGUUUCUGUGGAUGUCUGUGAAGAACAAGCAUUUCAGGUUGCAUAUGCAUAUAUUUCUCUGCUAUUAAAUGGAACUAUUGAGAAGAGAAUGUUCUUGGUCCGUGGGGUCUGUGAUUACGCUGGCUGCUUUACUGAGUCAGUGGG